CGCAAUCGGAUGUAGUCGUCCUUCUCACAGUCACUUGAUCAUAACAAAACCUCAAUUUCUGUCACAAUUUCUUCAAAAAUCGGCCAAAAAUGGGGAUAUUUUCCAAUUCCUCGCCUUUCGACCAGUUUGUCGAGCGGGCAACCAGUGAGAAAAAUAUCAGUGAGGAUUGGGGGCAGAUAAUGGACAUAUGUGAUCGUGUGAAGGAGAGCAGCUCAGGCCCUAGAGACUGCCUCAAGUCAAUUGCCAGGAGACUAAAUUCAGAAAAUCCACGCAUUGUCUUACAGGCCAUAACACUUCUUGAUGCUUGCAUCAACAAUUGUGGCCGUAAAUUUCUUCUAGAAGUUGCCAGUAGGGAAUUUGAACAGGAACUUAGAAAACAUCUUACAAGUACACGAACACAUAUAAAAGUAUCCGAGAAGUUAAGAGAGUGUGUGAAGAAGUGGGCUGAGGGGGAUUUCAAGGGCGACCCACAGCUCAGCCUCAUUCCAGCCCUCUACAAUAACCUCAAACAGGACGGAUAUGACUUCAAUGUCCAGUCAGACUCUCCUAAGAAGAGCUUACAGAAGUACUCGAUGGACCCCAAUGUUGUCAACAGCAAGCAGGAGGAAGAUGACAUUGCAAGAGCCAUCCAGCUCUCCUUACAAGAGGGCGGCAACAGCUCUGCUUCAUCCUCGUCCGCUCGUUCAACCUCUACUAGUCUUUACUCAUCAGCCGCAGCUGCCCUCACAUCUGAUACUGUUCCUAGUGCCACCAGUAGCUCCUCACCAGGCAAGGAAGCCCAGAAAGCAAGAGCGCUGUAUGACUUUGAAGCUGCUGAGGAUAAUGAAUUGACUUUCAAAGCAGGAGAAAUAGUGUUGGUACUGGACAACAGUGACCCCAAUUGGUGGAAGGGAAGCAACCACAGAGGAGAGGGCCUCUUCCCAGCCAACUUUGUCACCCUUGACCUCAAUGCAGAGCAAGAGCAGCAUAGGACAGAUAAAAGGGUGUCCUUCUCUGAGUGUGUUGAAGUUACGGAAGUGGAAGGAGCUGGAAGCGAGGCAGCUGUGGACCAUGUGGAGGCAACUGGGGAGAUAGAAGAAGAAAAGAUUGACCAGCUGCUCCAUGUGUUACAUGAGGCAGAUCCAACAGGAGAGAGGCCAGAUCCACCAGAACUUGCAUUCUUGGAAGAGCAAGUGAAUGCCAUGGCGCCAACCAUAGAUGCAGAGCUAGAGCAGAUCGAUCGAAAACAUGCCCAGUUAGCACGCAUCAGCACAGACUUGGUGGAUGCCCUAAGCCUUUAUCACUCGCUAAUGCGCGAGAUGCCACCAACUAUGGGUGGAUAUUAUCAGAUGCCCAAAAUGCCAGGUUAUGCCCCUUCCCCUACUCCUGGCAUGCCACCACAGCAGAUGUAUGGUGCUCCUGGGCAGUUUGGGCCCAUCAUGGGUCCCCCUCCAGGCGUCCCAGGAGGCCCUGUACCCUACCCAAACAUGCCUCCUACCACUGGACCUGGAGGCCCCAUGCCACCACAACAGCAGAUGCCCCCACCUAUGCCUGGCCCUAACCACCCAGUACCCAAUCAGCCUCCCCCUCCAGGCCAGCCCAUGCCUGGCGUGCAACCUCCUAUGGGCCAGCCUGGCCCUCAGCCCACAGAAUUCCAGCAGAUGCCCCCUACCAGUCAUGAGCCCUCGAGGAGCAAAGCUUGAUGCCCGCAGCUAUGGCCACUUCCCCCCCACAAGCCA